CGAAGACCGAGGAGCGCCGCAGCACCUCCAUGGCGGGGACGCGGGCGGGGGGCGCCGCACCUGCGGGCAGAGGGUGCUCAGACGGGCCCGCCCCGCCGCCCCGGCCUGGCUGGCGGAGGGGAAGGUCGGCCGCGCGACAACGGCGGGCAGCGGGGAGCGUGGAAGUGGCGCGGCGUGCGCCUAGAUCGCGUGCGUGCGCCGGGCCGGAGCGCACAGGGAGGCCGGGCCGGCGCGGCUCUGGGGAAGGGCUUCGGCCAGCUGCGGGAUGGCCAGAGAGGACUGUCUUCCCACCGGGCACCUGGAGGAGGACAGCAUGUGAGUGGAGCCUUGGGGAACCUGGCAGGGGGGACACGGUGCCUGUGUGAGAAAGGAACCUCAGCUGCCGACAGCCACCGUGGUUGCCGGGCUGUUUGUACCAAGCGCGGCCGGGCCGGGCUGACAGCUGCCCUCACUGAGGACACCCUGAGAUGGGACAGCCCUGGGAGCCCCGUGACACCUGCCAUGUCUUUGGAAGAGGGGCCGUUACGCCCAAGGAGAGGCGGCCAGGCAGGCCCCACCUACCACCCACCCAGCACGGCCUCAGCACCCUUGCCACCCACUCUCCACGAGGGCACCGCUGCCAGCUUCAGCCCACGGGGCCUGGCGAUUUCCCUCAGCGACCCACUCCCAGGGGCAGGCAGCUCCAGCCCCACCUACGCCUGCCACCCACCGUACCUGCGCGGAAUGUGCUCCUCCGACACCCCUGACGUGAGUCAGUUCGACACCAGUGUGGCUGCAAGAGGGCGCACCGUGGAGCAGAGGCCUGGGUGCCUCACCCCAGCGCCAGGCCCCGGACCCGGGGUCCCGGCACAGUCUGACACCAGCACCAGGGCCACCUUGCGACUGGGAUCCUCAGGCCGUGGGGAGCUCGGUCAGGCCAGGAAAGGGUGGCAGGGACAGAAAGCACUGUUCCUCACUGGGACCCUGGGCCCGGCAUCGCAAAGGAGAACCCAAGCUCUGGUGGCAGAAAAGCCCCCUCCAAGCGUCCGCCCCCCGCGGGAGCCCCGGCCUGAUGAGCAUGGCCUCGAGUGGAAGCCUGGGUGGUAUCCUUCUGUGCAGUUCAGGAAGGCCCACCGGCAACCUUCCCCCCCCGCCCGUGCACCUGCCCCCGCACUGAGCCGGCUCCGUCCUGUGCAGCCACCCUGAGCCCUGCCUGGCCUGCCGCCCGUGUCCUCCGACCCCAGCACCUGGGCCAGGCAAGGGCCAGCCGCCAACACUCCAGCUGCCCGUGUCCUUCUGUUGCAGGAAGGGGGACCCCUUCCAGGGCCGGGGAUGGCUCUUGUCUAACGCUUGGAAAUGAAAUGUCCGAGGAGACAGACGUGCUGACACAGCAAGAGACGUUAUUGGGAAGGGGCGCCCGGGGGGAGAGCAGCAGGGUGAGGGGACCCAGGAGGACUGCUCUCCACGUGGCUCGUGGUCUCGGGUUUUACGGUGAUGGGGUUAGUUUCCAGGUUGCCUCUGGUCGGUCAUCUUGCUUGGCCCAUAGUCUGACUCAGGGUCCUUCCUGGUGGCGCGCGCAUCUCUCAGGAUGGACUCCAGUGAGAAGGACUCUGGGAGGUCGGGUGUCUCCCUCUUCCAGCCCCUCCCGAAUCCUCCCGGGGAGUUUUGGCGGUAGCGGCAGCACCGUGUCCCUUAUGGGGACCUCCUGUUGUGAGAGAACUCAGGCAAGCGGCCUGGUCAGCGGUUCCCUACCGCUGCCUCAUCGGGCGUGCAGCCUCUAGGUGGCAGCCCUGCCGAGCCCUUGGAAGGCAGGGGGAGACUUCCUGGCUCACAGCAUCUUCCCUGCGGUGGGGUUUCCCUCAGGCUCAGCCCCUCCCUGCAGGAGGCUCAGCUGCGCCUCCCCCCUCCAAACCUGCUGCCCACCGUUCGCUGGAUCUACUUUCCUUUUCCUUUGCUUUUGUGUUUCUAGCAUAUUCCUCUAGAACAUUAUGGACCGAGUGGUGUCCCCCCCAGAUUCAUAUGUUGAACCCCAAUGUGGUGGUGUUAGGAGAUGGGCCUUUGGAGGGUAAUUCGGGUUAGAUGAGGUCCCCACGAUGGCAUUAUCACCCUUCCAAGAGACACCAGAGGGCUCCAGCUCUCUGUCUGUCUGUCCGUCACGUGAGGACAUGGCAAAAAGGUAGCCGCCCGCCUGUAAGCCGAGAAGAGGGUUCUCCCAGGAAACAACCCUGCUGGCCUUGGCCUUGACUCGGACCCCCAGCCUCCAGAUGUGAGAAAUAGAUGUCUGUCCUCUAAGCCUCCGGGGCUGUGGGUCUCUCCUGGCAGUCGGAGCGGACUGGUGUGAGUCUGGUGCCCAGAUGUCGUCUUGACUCCUUGUUUCUGCCUCUGCCACACGCUUCCGUCACCCAAGCGAGCUGUGCGCCCCCUUCCAGGCGGCUGAACUCCUACCGCCCAGGAGGGGCCAGCUGGGCUCUGAGCUGUAGGUCUGCCCCCUCCCGUGGUGCAAUCACCACCACCACCCCCCCCCGUGCCCGUGCCCGGGGUGACAUCACUGACGUGCAGCACAGCCCUGGAGGGCUGCCCUGUGCUGAUGCGCUCAGGCACAGACGGAAAAGUGGAGCAAAAUGGUUAGGAAGAGCUGCGUUUCUAACAUAACUCAUUCUAAGUAUUUAUAAUUAAUUUUUUGCUAAUGACGGUAACACCCCGCUCACAAAAUUCCUGAAAAUUUAAGGGCAGGCUCUUGGGAGCCGCUUGGUGUUUCUGUUUCCGGCGGAUGCUGAAUCCCCAGCCCCCCUCCGUCACCAUCGCCCAAGCUCUAGCCCUGGGAGUCUUCCAGCACCUUCCCAGCCUCCCUUGGCGCAGUGGCUCCCAGUGUCGCGGGGUGGGGGUGGGGGGUCCCAGCUGGGGGCACAGGUAUCCGCAGGGCCCUCUGGCCCCAGCGGCCUCGCCCUGUUGUGCCCCGGCAGCUUUCCUGGGUGAAAACAAGCACAGGCUGCUCUCCUGCUCUUCCGGGGUCCCGGGGGCGGCCUGGCUCUGGGCUCUCCCGCAGCUGUUCCUGGGCCAGGCUUCUCCGAGCCAGUUUCCCAGCACUGAUGACUCGGCUUCGGGAUCAGUGUUCCCACCGUGGCCACCUCCCGAGCAGAGGGAGGGAGGUGGGGAAGCUCGGCCUUUCCUGCCCCGAGGUGGUGGCCCUCCAGGGGGGAAGAGCACAGGGCUGGGAUACGGAAAGUCCAGGCUGACACAGUUGACCGGCCAGAGGUGACUUGAGACCACUCUCUGGGGGGAGGGCAUGGUGACCCAGGGUCCAGCCAGGGCUGCCCCCAGGCCACAGCAGCACCUGGUGGUGGGAGAGCUGCCGGCUCUCCCGGGUCCCUGCCUGGGGUCCCCUGUCCGGGAGACACCGACUCAGGCCCCUCGGGCUCCCGAUGCCUCCCCCUGGGCCCUGCAUCUCAGCUUCCCCUGCAGACCCCAGCAGCGAGUGCCCACCGGUUCCUCCCAGCCCCACCCAGGCAGCAAACCCAAGGGUGCAGGAGCCCCGACCUCAUACCCCUGUGCACUGUUGGGGGUUUCAGCCUUGUCUCUGCGGCGUGGCUCUCCUUCCCUGGGGCCCUGCCCCACCCUGCCCAGGCUGGGCUGCCGGGGCACUGCCUGCUUCCAGGCCCAACACAGACAUCCCAGGACUGAGACCCAGGCCACCGCUUUCAGAUUCCAAUCCAUUUCUGGACUACAGAAAUUCCUAUCAUAUCUUCGAGUCCAGCCGUUUCUCCUCCCUCUGUAUCUGUCUCUCUCUGUCUUGCCGCCUCUGUCUCUCUCCCCCAGGUGUUCAGAAAUACUCCAGCGGGGGCCGCAUCCUGGACCAACUGCCUGAGGACUGAAGAUGCUCCAGGAGGCCCUGCCAUGAACACGGGGGCUGCUGUCAGGGGAGCAGCAUCAGGACAGUGAGGUGUGGGGUGGCUGCAAGGAGGGCGCGAGGGCCCUGGACUGACUGAGGGGGCAGCCCCCAGUGGGCCGGCCCCUCCCCAGUUCCCAGGCCUGCAUCGCUGUGUGGAUCUGCUUCCUGGGCAGAAGAGGAGGCUGGACAAAGGGGAGGAGCGCGGCCCCAGGAUCAGGCCUGGCCUUCCCAGGCCGUGGGGCCCUGAUCCCUGAGUCCCAGCUGGGGUUCCCUCGAAGGACAGAACCCUGUGAGCACCCCCUUCCCAGAGCAUGGGGUGGUCACACCCCUGAGGUCUGGCACUGGACAAGGGCCCGUCGUGAGGCUGGUUAUCCCACAGCCAAGUGCACAGGCCCAGGGAGGCCGCUGGUCCGUCCCUGAAGGUGUGGUUUUUCCCACCUGAGGUCCGCACUCGGGAGGGGCAGGGGCUGGUUCUGUUGGCCGGGUCAUCUCAGGUCCUGGGCCCCCGGCCUCCCUGGCUUUGAGGCAGCCUCGCUCCCUCUGUCUCCAAACCUUCCCCUUCUCUCAGUUUCUCAGGGCCCCUCAUGAGGAGGUUCCUGGGGGGCUGCACCCUCCCCCAGCCCCACUUCUGCACAGCCUCAGGGCAGUGCCACUCAGCUGUGGGCGGGGCUCACCUGGGUGGUGAGAAUGGGCUGGGCACCCGCUGGGGUGUCCUCAGCCCCCUGGGCCCCAGGACUUUCCAAGGGGACAUGCUCUGUCCUCCCCCUUUGGGGUGUGUGUGGUGUCUGAUAAAGGUGACCUGCACCUCCUCACAAGAAGCCAUCGGGCCUGGAGUCCACCUGUGAAGUCCCAGGAGGAGACAGGAGCAGGUGAGAUGGGGGGGUGAUCAGCAAAGUGCAGCCUGGGCCCCUCCGCAGAACAAGUGGCCAGAUUUCUUCAGCACCUAAAUGGCGAAGGGAAAAAGAGACAAGACGGAUCAUAACGUGUGGGCCUUACUGGAUCUUGAUUUGAACAAACUGUGUGUAGUCACACAUCUGAAACCACAUAUAUACACAUGCACAUAUAUAUGAAAUUUGAACACUGGCUCUACAUUUGAUAUUAAGGAAUUAUUGUCAAUGUAAAAAAAAUUAUUUGUAAAAAAAAAUACAGUAA